UGACUUACGGAAUACCGUAUUUCAAUGUUCCGUGUACCAAGAAAACUGGAUGCAGAUUUUAUUUAAAAGUAUUUGAAAGAAGAGUGACUGCCCUUUAAUACAUAAACACCAUUUGUAACAACGAAAUACCUGGUCUAUAAGCCUAAGAGGUAGUAUGAAGAAACUGAAAAAGAAAGUCACUGUUGGAACUGAAAGGGACCAUGUUCUGGGAACUAGAAAAACAUGCAGGCAUAUCAAAGUAAAGAAAAAUGAAGAUUUUGUGUAUGGUGAUGUGAAAGUUACAUCACACAAAAUGGAGGGGACAAGACCUCUGACUUCAUUUGAAAGUAAACUAAAAAAAAAUACUAAAAAGGAAAAGCGAAAUCCUGAUCAAAGUUUUUCAGGAAAGAAUAAAGAAGAUACAAAAAGAACAUUGAAAAGAAAAUCCAGAAGUGUGAACAGAGAGGAUGAUAUUGCUGCAAUUAAUAAAAAAGGUAAACUUGAAAAGAAAACAAUAUCAAAUAGGAAAAAUUCAUCUAAAAAGGAUACUAAAGAGCCUGGGAAGAAAGCGGUUAUAAGAAAUAAACAAGUUAUGAAGCGAAAUAAGGCAGGUCCUGUCAAGAAAAUAACACAAGAGAAAAAUAAACAAGUAAAAAAGACUGUAUCUGACAUUCCUGGAGGCAAAACAAGAACUAGAAGUGCUAGACAAGUGACAAGAAAAUCCAAUGAUGAUUUUGAGAUUUAUGAAUCAGUAAAAUCAAAAGAUUUAACCAAAAAAAUCAAGAGAUCAUCAAGUCCAAUUAACAGUAAUAAAUCAAAAUUUCAUGACACAGAUAUAGAAAAUUGUGAUAAGGCUACUGCCACUAAUGAUCUAGAUAAGCAAGAAAGAAACAAUACUGCGGUAAGUUAUCUAAAUGAUAAACAAGAUAAAUACAGUACUGCAGUAAGUGAUUUAAGUGCAGAAGUUAAUGAGAAUAUUGAAUAUGAAGAUGAAUCAGAACAUGAUGAGAUGAGUAUAGAAGAUGAUUUAGACACACAAGUAGAUGAUAUGAUGGCGGAUAAGAUACCAUAUACAAACACUAACAACAUCACUUGUUUAUAUUGUAAUUUGCUAUUUACGAGUAAAGGUGAAUAUAUAUCACAUAUCAGAGAAACACAUAAAUCACUUAGUCUAUGUGAAAUAUGCAGUAUGUGUUUUGAAACAAAGAUUGCACUGCAGGAACAUUUGAAAGAGUCACAUGGUCAAUUUGAUGUAAGGCCAGUAAAAUCUAAAACUAAGAUUUAUAAAUGCACCUAUGAUGGUUGCCUCAAAGAAUUUACUAAGGAAUUAUCUUGCCAAAAGCAUAUCAGUAGAACACACUUAAUUAAGAAAUACAGUUGUGAAUUUUGUGAGACUGAUUUUAAAAACCCAGGGCUUCUUAGAAGUCAUUUGAAAUUAACACAUGAAAAUGAGACUUCGGCUGAUUUGUAUGAGAAGAAGGCAAAAUCACCCGUAGUCUAUAAAUGUGAUUUUGAAGGAUGUGACAAAGAAUUCACUCAUAAAUCUAACAGAAAAAAGCAUACAGACUGUGUCCACUUGAAUAUAAGAAAUUAUCACUGUGAGUUUUGUGGUCAUACCUUUAAAACAUCUAAUGCCCUAAAGUGUCACAUUGAAGCGUUACAUACAAAGGAUACAGACAAGAAACAGUAUGAAUGUGACGUCUGCAAGAAAACUUUCUAUAGAAAGACAGGUCUUGAACUUCAUCAAACACUGCAUACCAACAUAAAAUCCUUUGUGUGCUCUUUUGAAGGCUGUGGAAAAGCAUUCAGACUGAAAACAACGUUGGCUAAGCAUGAAAAAGUACAUUCUGAUGAUAAACCACACCAUUGUCAACUUUGUGACGAGAAAUUCAGCAGGAAAACUUACCUGGAUAGUCAUAUGUAUAAACAUACAGGUGAGAAGAAUUACAAAUGCGAUAUCUGUCAAAGAACUUUCUCGCAGAAAGGUAAUAUGGUCACCCACAAGUUACUUCACAAUCGUGAUCGCACCAUUUACAAGUGCCCGGAAUGUUCUCAGACAUUUAACUUCAAGUCUAACAUGAAGAAACAUCUUCUAAGACAUGCAGCAGAAGAAAGUAUUAUAGACAAAAGAGGUAGGGAUGAUGUUGGUGAAAAUAGAACAGGUGGAGACAGCUCCCAAUCAGGAACAAAUGACUUAAUGAAAGUUUCAACAACAGGGAAUGAAAUUAUUAUGAACUAUACUGGAAAGAAAGAAGCCCCUAAACCUCACAAAAUUUUGAUAGCCCCAAACCUUUUGGGAUCUAUUCAGAAAAGUACAAAGCCUAUUGUUUUUGUAGUGAACCCAAUCAAAACUCAUAAGGGUAAAAUUCAAGACAAAAACUUUGAACCGGUGAACAUUUCAACAAUUAAUAUUGCGAAAUUAAGUGAAGUUAAAAGAAAUGAUACAAGAAACAUUUCACCUCUGAAAUUAGCUGAUCAUAUGUCAGUAUCAAGUUUGACAAUAGAGAGUUCCAGACAAAGAAAUUCAGUUUCAACAUGUGGCAAAGUAGGUGCUGAAAAUGAUCAGCAAUGUGGGGCACCUGUUCAGUAUGACAUACAAAGUUUGAGUAAAACAAAUGAAAGUGAAAAAGGAGAAUCCUUUACUAGUCAACCUUUGUAUGUUAGUAUCGAAGAAAUUACUCAUGAAGAUUCAAUAGGCAGUAUAAAAGAUCAGGGAGAAACAAGUACUGGUGUUGAUAAAAAAUCCGAGGAAAAAAUUAUUCGUUUGAUAGGUAACAAUCCAACUUUUACGAUUGAGUUGAACAGUGAUGGUUUACCUGUUGCUAGGAUACAGGGUACAGGACAUUCUGUAUCUAGUGAUAUGAAUAACCAAAAUUUAUCUUAUAGUGAGGACUCAACAAAUCCAGUUGAAGCAGCAGAACAAACAGUUACUGACAUAAUGAAAAAACCUAACAAUACAUUUGAAGAAGGUAUAAAUCAAAUUGGUAUUUCAGAACAAAUACUGAAGGAGAAUAUUGAGGGAUCAAGCAGUACAGAUGACGAACCAAGAAAUAAUCAUGUAUUAGAACAAGUAGAGAGUAACAUGACAAAAAGACAAAAUAAUUUACCAGUGGAAUGCUCUCUUCAAACUGAGACUUCAGAUCACAUUGUUAGAGAUAUUAUGAAUGGAUCAAAUAAGUCUGAGGAGGAAUCUGCUGCUGAAAUUCAUGUUUUGGAACAAAUUAUGAACAUCAUGAAGCAGGUCACAAAUGAUACGAAUGAUGUUGUUGAAACCACUGUCGUAGAAUUAACAGAAGAAAGCUCUAAAGAGUUAAUGGACACAGCUGGAAGUCAUUCUUUCCAUUGUCCACAGUGAUGCAAUAAAUAGAAAUCUACACCAUUUGAUAAUUCAAAGUAUCUUCCAAUGCUUCAUUUUUAGACUGUUUACCAUGAUGAGGUUGUGUUUUAGACUUAUCUAGGAAUGAAUUCCGAACCCAACUUACUGCUCUUAGCGCAGAUUUUUUAUUUGCUUUUUUUUAUAUAAAAAUACUGAAAUUAAGAAAUCGAAUAAAAAAAAAUUAUUGUGAAUAAGUUUACAGCGGAUAUUGAUCAGUAAAGAAAAGUAGUUUGUAGGCUGGAUUAGUUGACAUUCACACAUCUGUUGUAAUUGCUAUUAAAAUAGUAACAUUACAUUAAAUUCAUUUUUAUGAACAUUUGACUAAAUGUGUAUUGAAAUAAGGAACUACAUGUAUGUUUUAUACUUGCACAAUUAACUGGUUACAUCUAGAACUUUGGUAUUUUACCUGUAUUAAAUUAUUAUGUUUCAUAAAGGAUGAGUUAAUGACAUUGUUCUUUACAAAUGUCUUACGUUAAUCCCUGCAGAUAAAAUUUUGCCCAUCCUUUUAGAUCCAUGUUAGAAUCAGUGUGUCCUUAUAAUGUUUACUAGUUUAUUGAAAUGAAGCAUAGACAAUGUCAUAAUCUCUUUCAAAAUGCAUAGAAAUGUAAUUUGUUAAAUUUCAAGAUUUUGGUAAAGUGAUUCCAUGCAAAUUUUGAUCUUUAAUUAUACAUGUAUAUAUAAAAUUAUGUGUAUCUCACAGUUCUGUUGUAGCAUUGUCAAGUAAAUCAGAUCAAAUAUCUAAACUUAAUAGGAUUCCAAUGAAUUUGGUGAAGUCAAUACAAGAUGCCUGCGUCACUGCACUUGAAUUUUUAAAUUUGUAAUUCGUAAUUACAUACUUUUAAAGGAAUUACAAAAUGACAUGAUUUCAAAGUGAUAUUUUAAAGUCACGUCUUUUACUUAGAGAUCUAUUUUGCUUUUUGAACAUUAAUCAUUAUAUUAAAUGUAAAGACACUAAAUUCAUUUUUUUCUUAAUCUGAGGUAUUGUUAUUUUACUAAUAUUACAUAUACAUCUAAAUUUAGCUAACAAUAAAAUUAAAAUAGAUUCAAUCUAAAAUCAUUAGUUGUAAGUAAAAUUUAAUACAAAUACUGAAAUAAAUAUACAUUGUAAAAGUCUU